UAUUAUUUUACCAUCAUCUCCUUCUCAUCCUCAUAUCAUUCUCCACUAACAAACACAUCCUCUCUUCUCUAUAUAAUAACUCACUUCAUUCAAUCCCUUCACUUCAGUUCUUUUUCUGAUCAAAUUUUCUCUGUUUUUGAGUUAAUUGGUGUAAUGGGUUCGUUAAAAAAUGUUCCAAAUGUGAGCUUUAAUGCUCCAAGGCCAUUUGGGCAAAGGCUGAAAUCGGAUCUUAAAGAGACGUUUUUUCCUGAUGAUCCGUUCAUGCAAUUUCGAGAAGAAAGAGGCCCAAUGCAGAGAGUGAAAAAGGGGUUCCAAUAUUUCAUUCCCAUAUUGGAAUGGCUUCCUAAAUACAAUUUGAAUAUGUUUAAAUAUGAUUUACUUGCUGGUAUUACCAUUACCAGCCUUGCUAUUCCUCAAGGCAUUAGCUAUGCUAAACUCGGUGUUAUCCCUCCCAUCGUUGGCCUUUAUUCGAGCUUCGUUCCGCCACUUAUAUACGCGGUGUUUGGAAGCUCAAACCAUCUGGCGGUGGGAACGGUGGCGGCGUGUUCGUUGCUGAUAUCGGAAAUCAUUGGAGGAGUUGCUUCGCCGGAAGAAGAACCCACAUUGUAUCUCCACUUGGUUUUCACCGCCACUUUUAUCACUGGCAUCAUGCAGAGCGCCUUAGGCUUUCUAAGAUUGGGAAUUUUGGUGGAUUUCUUAUCGCACUCGACAAUCCUUGGGUUCAUGGGAGGAACGGCUGUGAUCAUUUGCCUUCAACAACUGAAAGGCAUAUUUGGACUCACUCGUUUCACUUCUAAAACCGACGUUUAUUCUGUACUUCAUGCCGUUUUCUCUCUUAGAAAAGAGUGGAGAUGGCAAAGUGCUGUGGUGGGGGUCGUUUUCCUUGUAUUCCUCCAGUUUACAAGGUACCUGAGAAACAGAAACCCGAAGCUAUUUUGGGUGUCAGCAAUGGCUCCCAUGGUGACAGUCAUAAUAGGCUGUGUGUUUGCGUAUUUCAUCAAAGGAAGUCAGAAUGGAAUCUUAACUGUGGGUCACUUGAGCAAAGGAAUAAACCCUCUUUCUAUUCACUUCUUGAACUUUGAUUCCAAAUAUCUAUCAGCUGUAGUACAAGCUGGCUUGAUCACUGGUCUUAUCGCUUUGGCUGAAGGAAUAGCAAUUGGUCGGAGCUUUGCAAUAAUGAAAAAUGAACAAAUUGAUGGAAAUAAGGAAAUGAUAGCCUUUGGUUUAAUGAACAUAGUGGGAUCUUUCACUUCCUGCUACUUAACCACAGGGCCAUUCUCAAAGACUGCAGUGAAUUAUAAUGCUGGUUGUAGAACACCAAUGUCAAACAUAGUUAUGGCAAUCUGCAUGGCGCUCACCCUCCUUUUUCUAGCUCCUCUCUUUAGCUACACACCACUUGUAGCGCUUUCCGCCAUUAUCAUGUCCGCCAUGUUGGGUCUCAUCAAAUAUGAGGAAAUGUAUCAUCUUCUCAAAGUUGACAAAUUCGAUUUCUGCAUUUGUAUGGCAGCUUUCUUGGGUGUUGCUUUCUUAAGCAUGGAUGUUGGCAUCAUGCUUUCGGUGGGACUUGCUUUGCUGAGAGCUCUUCUUUACAUGGCUAGACCAGCUACUUGCAAGCUCGGGAAAAUACCAAACUCCAGUUUGUACAGAGACGUCGAACAAUAUCCUAAUGCAACUAGAGUCCAUGGAAUUAUGGUUAUUCAACUUGGUUCCCCUGUUUAUUAUGCGAAUUGCAACUACAUCAGAGACAGGAUUUUCAGAUGGGUUCGUGAUGAGCAGUCCGAUUCCGAAUGUGGAUCCGUCGAACAUGUACUCCUAGAGUUGAGCGGAGUUACCUCAAUCGACAUGACAGGGAUUGAAACUCUAGUAGAAAUCCGUAGAUCACUACAAGCAAACGGAAUCCAGAUGGGAAUUGUAAACCCAAGAAUUGUAGUGAUGGAGAAGAUGAUAGCUUCGGAAUUCACAGAUACGAUCGGGAAAGAGAACAUCUAUUUAUCAGUAGACGAGGGAGUGGAAAGGUGCAGAGAUUUGAUUCCGAAAUUAAAGCAAACAGCAACAAGUUCUCAAAGUUCGGACGUGACGACAAUGGAGCAGCGAGUAUAAAAUGAAAAGCUCCAGUAGGAUUUGGGUACCUAUUACUUUU